GCAGCGCAAGGUGGUUCUCGUCCGUUUCACAGUAGGGACCCCAGUCUCCUUAUACAAUCCCCUCUCAUUGCGUCUUUGCACCCCUCCCCAUGGCUGACGGAAUAAAUGGCUGCAGAGACCUCCUAAAGCCCUUCCAUAGCCCUCAUCCCUGGUUUUCCAAGCCUUGAACUCCGCAAUCAUUGUUCUGCCGAACUUCACUCUCCAUCUACUCCUGGAAUGCAUGAGAGCUUCAGAUACCCGGACCAAGAGCUGAUGGGGUUUCUUCUGGGAAAGUCAAGCCACUGAUGGAAGGGAGAAGCCACUGCUGGUUCUAGAGAGAAAGCACGACCCUUUCCAAGGUGAUUACCCAAACCGCAAGAUCCACCCAUCUGCGCUGACCCUGGGCGGGCAUCCCACACCGCAGAUCCACCCCCUCUUCCUCUCAGCGGUGGCGCGGGCGCUGUCCAGCGUGCUGAAGCCGGAGCGAGAGCGCUGUUGCUGACCCAGCUGAGCCCAGCUCCUAGGACGCCAGCCCUCGACCAUCUUUCAUACUCCAGCCACGGAACGGAGCCAGGGCAGACGGGUCCGGAUUUUCCCCCUGCCCCGACCCUCCUCUCCACCUCCCGCCGUCGUGACACCGGCUGUACACGGGCGCUGGCUGAGAGAUGACUUUGGGAAGGGGGCGACAGGAGGCACUGGGUACCCAGAACGAGGAUUGCGAGCGUUCUCUGACCAUUUGCACGACCCCAGAGAUUGCCACAUCUUUCUUGUUCUCUGCUAAACGUUUCUCUUCGGUCUCUGGCAGCCCGUUGGUCAUGAAAACCUUCACGUUGCCAGCAUCCGUCCUCUUCUGCUUCCUUCUACUCAUCCGGGGGUUGGGAGCAGCACCCCCCGGGCGCUCCGAUGUUUAUCCUCCUCCCCUCGGCUCUGAGCAUAAUGGGCAGGUAGCUGAGGACGCAGUGUCCCGGCCAAAGGAUGACAGCGUCCCAGAGGUCCGAGCGGCUCGGAAUUCCGAGCCUCAGGACCAGGGAGAGCUCUUCCAGGGCGUGGAUCCCCGGGCGCUGGCCGCGGUACUGUUGCAGGCACUGGACCGUCCGGCCUCGCCCCCGGCUGUCCCGGCAGGUUCCCAGCAGGGAACACCCGAAGAAGCAGCAGAAGCUCUGCUGACCGAGUCCGUGCGCAGUCAGACCCAUAGCCUCCCGGCAUCAGAAAUCCAAGCGUCCGCUGUGGCGCCCCCUCGCCCUCAGACUCAGGACAACGAUCCCGAGGCAGACGACCGCUCAGAAGAGCUGGAGGCACUAGCAUCCUUGCUCCAAGAACUUCGAGAUUUCAGUCCGAGUAAUGCUAAGCGCCAGCAAGAGACGGCGGCAGCAGAGACUGAAACCCGCACGCACACGCUGACCCGAGUCAAUCUGGAGAGCCCCGGGCCAGAGCGCGUAUGGCGCGCUUCCUGGGGAGAGUUCCAGGCGCGCGUCCCGGAGCGUGCUCCUCUGCCGCCCUCGGUCCCUUCUCAAUUCCAGGCUCGAAUGUCCGAAAACGUUCCCCUUCCCGAAACCCAUCAGUUCGGGGAAGGAGUGUCCUCCCCUAAAACACAUCUUGGUGAGACUUUGACACCCUUAUCCAAGGCGUACCAAAGUCUAAGUGCCCCCUUCCCCAAGGUGCGUCGGCUCGAGGGCUCAUUCCUGGGCGGUUCCGAGGCAGGAGAGCGCCUGCUUCAACAAGGGUUAGCUCAGGUAGAGGCAGGGAGGAGGCAGGCGGAGGCCACCCGGCAGGCCGCAGCGCAAGAAGAGCGGCUGGCCGAUCUCGCCUCCGACCUGCUGCUCCAGUAUUUGCUGCAGGGCGGCGCCCGGCAGCGCGAUCUCGGGGGUCGCGGGCUGCAGGAGACGCAGCAAGAGCGGGAGAACGAGAGGGAGGAGGAGGCGGAGCAGGAGAGACGCGGUGGUGGGGAGGACGAGGUGGGGGAAGAGGAUGAGGAGGCGGCAGAGGCGGAGGCGGAGGCAGAGGAGGCGGAGAGGGCGCGGCAGAACGCGCUCCUGUUCGCCGAGGAGGAGGACGGGGAAGCCGGAGCCGAGGACAAGCGCUCCCAGGAGGAGGCGCCAGGCCAUCGGCGGAAGGAUGCUGAGGGGACAGAGGAGGGCGGGGAGGAGGAUGACGACGACGAAGAGAUGGAUCCGCAGACGAUCGAUAGUCUCAUUGAACUGUCCACCAAACUCCACCUGCCAGCAGACGAUGUGGUCAGCAUCAUCGAAGAGGUGGAGGAGAAACGGAAGCGGAAGAAGAACGCCCCUCCCGAGCCGGUGCCGCCCCCCAGGGCUGCCCCAGCCCCGACCCAUGUCCGCUCCCCGCAGCCCCCACCUCCCGCCCCGGCCCGGGAUGAGUUGCCGGACUGGAACGAAGUACUCCCACCCUGGGAUCGGGAGGAGGAUGAGGUGUUUCCCCCGGGGCCCUAUCACCCCUUCCCAAACUACAUUCGGCCGCGGACACUGCAGCCGCCCGCAUCCUCCCGCCGCCGUCACUUCCAUCACGCGUUGCCACCUGCGCGCCACCAUCCCGAUCUGGAGGCCCAGGCCAGGCGCGCGCAGGAGGAAGCGGACGCGGAGGAGCGCCGGCUGCAGGAGCAGGAGGAGCUGGAGAAUUACAUUGAGCACGUGCUGCUGCACCGCCCGUGACCCGCCCCUGCGCGCCCGCUCCCAACUGCGCGCGCCGCCACGCCCCCCCUCCGUGUCGCUCCUCCUCCCUCUCGGUGUUUGCAUGCGCCCCGGCUCCGCCCCUCGGCUGCCGCCCGGCCCCGCCCCACAAGGCCCCGCCCCGGGUUCUGUCAGGACCAGACCUGUCAGACUUCUUUGGGGUCUGAUCCUGGGGCCAGCCCAGGCGGGUGUGUGGUUUGUGCGAGUCCCCUUACACCCCCACUUCCUCCAGGGGCCUCGUCCCCAUCUAGUUUCUCUAGCGACUUCCUGGUCCCAAACGGGGAAAAGCUGUUCUAUUUAAUCGUGUGAAGUGUCUGUCUCCCAGCCUUGGGGCCCCCGGAGCCUCCCUUCUCCAAAUUGCUGUGAACUUACCCACAUCUUGCCCUUCUGUUGUAAAUACCCCUCACGGAGGAAAUAGUUUUGCUAAGAAAUAAAAGUGACUAUUUUAUUAGGA